AUGUCCCUGCGGAGACCUACCCUGCCGCAUCCUCCAGUGCUGCUGCUGCUGUUCAUGCUGCUGCUGUCGAUGCUAUUGCCGCCGGGGGGCGCUCUGUCCCUGGUCCGGGAGGGCAGCCCAGGCCUCCCGGACUCGGAUCUAGACACCUCCAGAUUCCGAGAGAUGCAGAAACGAUACAAGGAUCUGGCGGACCAGCUGCGAGUGAACCAGAGCCGGGAAGACUCAAAUCCAGAUCCGAGAACCGGCCCCGUUGUCUGGAUCCUAACCCCCCAGGUUCGGCCGGGUCCCGGUGGCCGCCUGUAUUUGCGCAUCCCCCGAGCCGCCCUCUCCGCAGGACGCCCUGCCGCCUCCCGCCUGCACCGGGCCCUGCUCUGGUUGUCCCCGACAGCACCGAAGCCGCGCGACGUGACACGCCCGCUGCGACGCCUGCUCGCCCGUGGAGACCCCGCACCGCCUACACUGCACCUGCGUUUGCCGCCGCGGCUGUCCGACCUGGCGCUGGCAGCACCGCAGACGGCUCGGCUGGAGCUGCACCUGGAGACGCGCGCCGCCAGGAGGCGCCGCAGCACGCGGGUGCCCACGGCGGAGGCCUGCGCGGCCGGGGCUGCGCACUGCUGCGGCGUGCAGAGCUGGCGCGUGACUCUCGACGAGCUGGGCUGGACUGACUGGGUGCUGGCGCCGCGCGAACUGGACGUGCGUGCAUGCGUCGGCGCGUGCCCGUCCCGCUUCCGGCCGGCCAGCGCGCACACGAGGAUCAAGUCGCGGCUGCAUGACCUGGACCCUGAUUCCGCGCCUGCGCCGUGCUGCGUGCCCGCCAGCUUCGAGCCGGUGGCUGUCAUGCACCUGGACAGUGAGGGUCGUGUCACUCUCAAGACCUAUGACGACAUCCUGGUCAAGGACUGCCACUGUGCUUGA